AUGAUGACGGCAGUCGAUGCGACAGAUCUGAUCAAAGCUGGCUCAGACUUGAGGAAAGUCGAGUCCGAUCAAAGCGCUGUUCGAGCGAACGAGUCGUGCGAGCGAGAUGCUAUAUCGGUGCCGAGAGGCUCCUCGUUUGUAGUUUGCCGUCGUGGAGGAUUGAAGGGAUGUAUCUUGCCAGUUCGAGAGGUCGGUGCCGAUGGUCGGAAUCGAGCAAUGACCUUGGCGGGCUCGGCGGUGGUCACACAGGAACGGGAAAUUCUGAAGAAUUCCAACAAUGACAUCGCUGUUGCUGCUGGUGGAUACCGUGUUGGGAAGCAAGCUCGGCUUUCUCUCCCGCAUUUACCUCGCUUGGAGCAGCACACCGGAAAAAAGAGGAGCUGUGUUGGCUGCGUUGGAUCGCCGAUGCAUCGUCACCAUUGUAACUUCAGUGAAAUCUAG